GACAGGGGACGGAGGGACGGGCGUACGGCCAGGCCAUGCCGGGGGAAGCUGCCCGCGCCGAGCUGCUGCUGCCGGAGGCGGGCGGAACAGGGCCCCGCACAGAUCUGUCCUGCGAUGCGGCUGCGGCUACCACCCCGAGGGGGGACCAGCUGGAGCACUGUGUCCUGAGCCCUGAGCCCAGUGCCCUGGCUCUCACGUUCCUGCCCAGCAAGCCGGGUGCCCGGCCCCCGCCUGACGGAGCCAGCUGGGAUGCAGGGCCGGGACGCGCCCCCUCGGCCUGGGCAGUCCAGGCAGAGGGCGGCCCCAGCCCGGGGCCCCCCGAGGUUCGGCCUGCUGAAGGUCCUCUCCCAGCCUCCCUGGAGCCCCGGAUUGUGAUGGGCGAGGAGACGUGCCGGGCACCCCCACUGCCCAGGGCAACCCUGCCAGAGCUCAGGGACUGGGAGGGUGGGCACGCCAGCCUGAACCCACCCCCCGAGUUGUGUUCUCAGGGUGACCCUCCUGUGCCUUCCCCUGCCCCAGACUCCGAUUCCUACUUCACCCCUCCCUCCACCCCGACCGAGACAGCCUCCACCCUGCUCCCUGGCCCCGGGCCCCACAGGGAUGCCCAAGAUGCCCAGGCUGAGCUGGGGGACUCGCCGCCAGCCUCGCCCUCAGGCUCCUACAUCACGGCGGACGGGGACAGCUGGGCCUCGUCCGCAUCCUGCUCCGUGAGCCUGCAGGCCCCGGCUGAAGGGCUGGACGUGCCCUCAGGCUGGGGCUUCUCCCCACCUGGCUCUGUGGCCGAUGAGAGGGAGCUGCCCCCUGCCGGGACCCCGGACACCUCGUCCCCAGAGUCCAGCCUCUCGGCAGACAGCAGCUCUUCCUGGGGCCAGGAGGGCCACUUCUUCGAGCUGGACUUCCUGGCCAAUGACCCGAUGAUCCCUGCGUCCCUCCUGCCCUUCCAGGGCAGCCUCAUCUUCCAGGUGGAGGCUGUAGAGGUGACGCCGCUGCCCCCCGAGGAAGAGGCGGAGGGGCAGGAAGAGGAGCAGGAGGAGGAGGACGAGCAGGAGGCCCCCCUGCCCCGAGGGGACCUGGCCGGGGAGGGCGAGGACGACAGCACGUUCGCGUCCUCCCUGCAGUCGCUGUCCGACCUGUCCAUCACUGAGGGCGUGGACGAGGCCUUCGCCUUCCGAGAUGACACCUCGGCCACCUCCUCUGACCCCGACUCGGCCUCCUACGCGGGGGGUGAUGAUGAGAGACUGUACAGCGGGGAGCCCCACGCACAGCCCGCCACCCUGCUCCAGGACAGCCCUGGUGAGGCCGCCUCCUGGGGCCCAGAGCCCACUCUUGGGGUGUCCGAGGGAGAGGUUGGCCGGGCUGCCAAGAGCCAGGAACCCAUCUCCGAUAUAACCGAGGUGGGCCCCGCUCCAGGCCAGCUGUCCGCUGCUGCUAUGGCCCCUCAGGCCCCACAGAAAGCCCCAGGCCUCACUGGGGUGACCCCUCAGGCCUGGGCAGCAGAGGCAGGCUCCACCAUGGCACCACCUGUUGCCACAAUCACACCUCAGUCCCUGCAGGAGGGACGCGGCGCUGCCUUAGGCUUAGAGCCCCAGACUUCGAAGGCAGAGGCGGGCCUCGACUCUCUGCAGAACCUGAAGGAAGAAACAGGCCAGGGGUUUGCCGCUGCAGGCAGCCCUGAGCCCCAGCCAGAAGAAGUGGACCUGACGGCAUCCUUGCCCCUGCAGGAUGCAGACCUCCCCUAUGGCCAGGGAUCUGAGCCCCAGGCCAGCCCUGAGCCCCAGCCAGAAGUGGACCUGACGGCAUCCUUGCCCCUGCAGAAUGCAGACCUCCCCUAUUGCCAGGGAUCUGCCCCCCAGGCCAGCCCUGAGCCCCAGCCAGAAGAAGUGGACCUGACGGCAUCCUUGCCCCUGCAGGAUGCAGACCUCCCCUAUGGCCAGGGAUCUGCCCCCCAGGCCAGCCCUGAGCCCCAGCCAGAAGAAGUGGACCUGACGGCAUCCUUGUCCCUGCAGGAUGCAGACCUCCCCUAUGGCCAGGGAUCUGCCCCCCAGGCCAGCCCUGAGCCCCAGCCGGAAGAAGUGGACCUGACGGCAUCCUUGCCCCUGCAGGAUGCAGACCUCCCCACUGGCCAGGGAUUUGAGCCCCAGGCCAGCCCUGAGCCCCAGCCAGAAGAAGUGGACCUGACGGCAUCCUUGCCCCUGCAGGAUGCAGACCUCCCCACUGGCCAGGGAUUUGAGCCCCAGGCCAGCCCUGAGCCCCAGCCAGAAGAAGUGGACCUGAUGGCAUCCUUGCCCCUGCAGGAUGCAGACCUCCCCUAUGGCCAGGGAUCUGCCCCCCAGGCCAGCCCUGAGCCCCAGCCAGAAGAAGUGGACCUGACGGCAUCCUUGCCCCUGCAGGAUGCAGACCUCCCCUAUGGCCAGGGAUCUGCCCCCCAGGCCAGCCCUGAGCCCCAGCCAGAAGAAGUGGACCUGACGGCAUCCUUGCCCCUGCAGGAUGCAGACCUCCCCUAUGGCCAGGGAUCUGCCCCCCAGGCCAGCCCUGAGCCCCAGCCAGAAGAAGUGGACCUGACGGCAUCCUUGCCCCUGCAGAAUGCAGACCUCCCCUAUUGCCAGGGAUCUGCCCCCCAGGCCAGCCCUGAGCCCCAGCCAGAAGAAGUGGACCUGACGGCAUCCUUGCCCCUGCAGGAUGCAGGCCUCCGCUCUGGCCAAGGAUCUGCCUCUGAGACCAGCCCUGAGCCCCAGCCGGAAGAAGUGGACCUGAUGGCAUUCUUGCCCCUGCAGGAUGCAGGCCUUCCCUCGAUCCAGGGAUCUGCCUCCGAGGCCAGCCCUGAGCCCCAGUCAGAAGAAGUGGACCUGAUGGCAUCCCUGUCCCUGCAGGAUGCAGGCCUUCCCUCAGUCCAGGGAUCUGCCUCCGAGACCAGCCCUGAGCCCCAGCCAGAAGAAGUGGACCUGAUGACAUCCUUGCCCCUGCAGGAUGCAGCCCUUCCCUCAGUCCAGGGAUCUGCCUCCGAGACCAGCCCUGAGCCCCAGCUGGAAGAAGUGGACCUGAUGGCAUCCUUGCCCCUGCAGGAUGCAGGCCUCUCCUCUGGCCAAGGAUCUGCCUCCGAGGCCAGCCCUGAGCCCCAGACAGAAGAAGUGGACCUGAUGGCAUCCUUGCCCCUGCAGGAUGCAGGCCUCUCCUCUGGCCAAGGAUCUGCCUCCAAGGCCAGCCCUGAGCCCCAGACAGAAGAAGUGGACCUGAUGGCAUCCUUGUCCCUGCAGGAUGCAGGCCUCUCCUCUGGCCAAGGAUCUGCCUCCGAGGCCAGCCCUGAGCCCCAGUCAGAAGAAGUGGACCUGAUGGCAUCCUUGCCCCUGCAGGAUGCAGGCCUCUCUUUGGUCCAGGGAUCUGCCUCCGAGGCCAGCCCUGAGCCCCAGCCAGAAGAAGUGGACCUGAUGGCAUCCUUGCCCCUGCAGGAUGCAGGCCUCUCUUUGGUCCAGGGAUCUUCUUCCGAGGCCAGCCCUGAGCCCCAGCCAGAAGAAGUGGACCUGAUGGCAUCCCCGCCCCUGCAGGAUGCAGGCCUCUCUUUGGUCCAGGGAUCUGCCUCCGAGACCAGCCCCGAGCCCCAGCCAGAAGAAGUGGACCUGAUAGCAUCCCAGCCCCUGCAGGAUGAAGGCCUACCCUCUGGCCAAGGAUCUGCCUCUGAAGCCAGCCCUGAGCCCCAGUUGGAAGAAGUGGACCUGACAGCAUUCCUGCCCCUGCAGGAUGCAGGCCUCCCCUCGGUCCAGGUAUCUGCCUCCGAACCCAGCCCUGAGCCCCAGCCAGAAGAAGUGGACCUGACAGCAUUCCAGCCCCUGCAGGAUGCAGACCUCCCUUUGGUCCAGAGAUCUUCCUCCAAGGCCAGCCCCGAGCCUCAGUCGGAAGAAGUGGACCUGACCGCAUCCCCGCCCCUGCAGGAUGCAGGCCUUCCCUCAGUCCAGGGAUCUGCCUCCGAGGCCAGCCCUGAACCCCAGUCAGAAGUGGACCUGAUGGCAUCCUUGCCCCUGCAAGAUGCAGGCCUUCCCUCGAUCCAGGGAUCUGCCUCCGAGGCCAGCCCUGAGCGCCAGUCGGAAGAAGUGGACCUGACCGCAUCUCCGCCCCUGCAGGAUGCAGGCCUUCCCUCAGUCCAGGGAUCUGCCUACGAGGCCAGCCCUGAACCCCAGUCAGAAGUGGACCUGAUGGCAUCCUUGCCCCUGCAGGAUGCAGGCCUCCCCUCAGUCCAGGGAUCUGCCUCUGAGGCCAGCCCUGAGCCCCAGCCAGAAGAAGUGGCCCUGACAGCACCUCUGCCCCUGCAGGAUGCAGGCCUCCCCUCUAGUCAAGGAUCUGCCACCAAGGCCAGCCCUCAGGCCUUGCAGGCUGACACAGGCUACACCCUAGGGACAGAGCCCAUGGCCACCACAGCCCAACAGAAAGGAGGCAAGACUUUGGAACUGAGGCCAGCGCCUGAGAAAAGGGACCCAGACCACACUGGAGGCUCAGACUCUCUGGUCUUGGAUCAGAUCCAUCUGGGUGUCCUGGAGCCAGCUGCAGAUGCUCGGAUACCCUUGGACGGAGAUGCAGGCCCUUCCAAGCCUGCCACGGACGCCCCAGACGCACCUGAGCCUGCCACGGACGCCCCAGACGCACCUGAGCCUGCCACGGAGGCCCCAGACAUACCUGUGCCUGCCACGGAUGCCCCAGACGCACCUGAGCCUGCCACGGACGCCCCAGACGCACCUGAGCCUGCCACGGAGGCCCCAGACGCACCUGAGCCUGCCACGGACGCCCCAGACGUACCUGUGCCUGCCACGGAGGCCCCAGACAUACCUGUGCCUGCCACGGAGGCCCCAGACGCACCUGAGCCUGCCACGGAGGCCCCAGGUCCCCCAGAGCCUGACUCCAGUGGGGAGGAAGUAGCCAAGGGCCUUCUGGCACCUGAGCGGAGAGCCUGUCCUGAUGCCCGUGUGCAUGGGGGUGACGGAGCUGAGCCCAGCUCGCCCCUAAAGGAGGCCCUGGGAGCUGAGAACCAGGGGCGUGGAGUUCUAAAGGCAGUCGUCGGCAGCCCAGAGGCAUGUCCUGCUGCCAGCCUGGAGGUUGGCCAGGUGGGGCCCCCAAGCCCAGUGGAGGAGGGAAGGGCCACCCUGGGGCCCAGGCUUCCCGUGGCUGUGGCCUCAGAGGCUGGGCUGGGCUCCUGCCCGGAGUCUCCAUCAAGGGCUGUACCCAGGCGGGGAGGGAGCUGCCCCAAAGAUCCUGCCCCGGCAUUUCCGCUGCCCUCAAGGCAGCCAGAGCCCGUGCGGGGCCCGCACAGCGGAGAGCAGGCCCCGGCAGCACUGGGAGUCCUCGGCGCCUCCCCGCCGCAGCCGCCACAAAGCCCCACGGGGGGCCUGCCCAGUGCACCCCAAGACGGCAUCCAGGGCGCUGAGUCCCCUGCUCCUGGUGCCCUCAUGCAGACAGUCCCGCCCCCCGCGGCACCCCCUGCCCCCUGCCCUUGCCAGGUCCCCGGGGAAGACUUGGGGGAGGGCGAGGAGCCCCUGGGCUCCCUGGGACUCCCACCACCACGGGCAAGAGCCCAGCGGGCGGUGGCUGCCUUCUCAGGGACCAAGAACCCCCCCGGGGCCGGGCAGGUCAGCCUCCCGCCCCACUCCCCCCUCCUCAGCCCCAAGGCGGCCCCCAAGGGGGCUACCCAUGCCAAAGACCUGGCCUCGAGGAUCUCGCCCCCCUGCCAAGUGCCUCCUGGCUCCGGGCUCCGGAGCCCAGCCGGACCUCGAGGGCUCCCAGCCGCCGAGCAGGAUGACCAGGACAGUUUGGAAGAAGACUCACCCCAGGCUCCGGGCUCCGGCCAGCACUCGGACAGCCACGGGGAGUCGUCGGCCGAGCUGGAGGAGCAAGACCCCUCGGGACCGCAGACCACGCCGUGCCCAGCCCAGGCCCCGGCAGGCGGCGGGAGCGAGGAGACCGUCACCAAAGUCAAGCAGAGCCGCAGUGAGAAGAAGGCCCGGAAGGCGAUGUCCAAGCUGGGCUUACGACAGAUCCAGGGCGUCACCAGGAUCACCAUCCAGAAGUCCAGGAACAUCCUCUUCGUCAUCGCCAAGCCUGACGUCUUUAAGAGUCCGGCCUCGGACACCUACGUGGUCUUCGGCGAGGCCAAGAUCGAGGACCUGUCCCAGCAGGUGCACAGAGCUGCGGCUGAGAAGUUCAAGGUGCCCUCGGAGCCCUCCGCCCUGGUCCCCGAGUCAGCGCCUGGGCCGAGGGUGAGGCCAGAGUGCAAGGAGGAGGAAGAGGAGGAGGAGGACGAGGAGGUGGACGAGACAGGGCUGGAGCUUCGGGACAUUGAGCUGGUGAUGGCGCAGGCCAACGUGUCAAGGGCCAAGGCCGUGCGGGCCCUGAGGGACAACCAGAGCGAUAUCGUCAACGCCAUCAUGGUGAGUGGCCGGCCCCCUCGCAGGCGCCUUGCUGCCGUCUCCGCUGUGUCCUCACACAACGUGACCCCCUCUUUGUGCGCUUCCUGCAGGAGCUGACAAUGUAGCUGCUGACCAGAGACCUGGCU